GCGCCAAUCCUCUGAAGGAUCUCCAAGUCAGCAUCCCCGAUGUUCCCCGUGUUCAUGGAGAAUGGUCCGCAUGAACUAGCUAGUCGAUUCCCUGUCUCGGAAUAUACAGCAUUCUAGCCCAAGGCAGAUUGUUGAUAUGAUACUUUCAGCAUUCAGCCACCUAUCUCGGCCUGUACCCCGGAAACAAGCCACGAAAGCACACACAGUGCCAUUUCACUUAGCCACAGGUACAUAAAUAACGUCCUCUUUCCCUCACUGCCUCCUCUCUUGGGGCCCGCGAGAUUCCCACCUAUACGCGUCAUGGAUAACCCGAGCUCUACGGGUAGUGCUACCGGUAUCCAGCUCGAGACCCUGAAACCUACGCGCCUGUGCCCGCCGUCACCCGGCCCUGCCGUACCAUUAACGCUGCGUCCGGACUAUUACACGGCUUUCAACCCGGAGUUUACUGCUAAAUUCGAGAAUCUGGACGACGAUAGUAUAUAUGCGAAGUGUGAAGCUGCGCUUCUGAACCACUCGACGAAGAAUUUUGUUGUUGAUUUCGGGGGGGAGCCAAGGAUCGAGCGUGGUGGGGCUUGGUGUGCUCUCGAUCUCGAUUCCUCGAAGCCGGAGACCUUGGAAAGCUUGAAGAAUCUUUUGAAGCAAGAUGUAAGCUACUGUGCCGGCGAUCUGCGUUUUAAGGGGGUUAGAUUGGGCUAACUUGUUGCAGAGACCGAGGGAGUUACGCACUAGAUGGAUGUUGGUCAUGUUUUAUAACUCUGAAGAAGUUCUGGACUGAUUCUGGUUCUUUACUAGUAAUAUAUUCGCUCCGCAUACGCAGAAGGAGCUCGUCCGGACGAUUGCCGCCCACUAUGGAUUCACUUCUCGACAUACCAGUGUUCUUACAGCGCCGCCAGCUACCCACACUCAUACCCCUAUCCACCAGAAAUCCAUACCUUCGAUGAGAGAUAGAUUAUUCCGCCGACACCCUUCGGAUCCCUCGGAUGUUGAAGAUAGGAGCACGGUAGAUAGCUAUGCCAACCUGGAGGCGGUAGCUAAUGCUGCUGCUCCUAUACCAGUGUCACAGGGGGCUAAGAGGGGAGGACACAUGGAGAUUGUGAGUAAUGUUUGGCAUUGGCAUGCUGUUGAAUGGGGUGGAAGAUGUGAGCCUUUCCUUAAUGUCUGUUGGGCCUACGCUGAUUCCUGCAGUCAUGUGCAUCGGAUUCAACUCACUGCACCAGAUUCCUCAAAAGAGAGCCCCGACUGGCGAUGAGGAUGCUAAUGGCAGCGACACCGAUUGGUGGCAGGAGGAUGAAGAUGGCCAAGCAGCUAUGGAUAAAGGGGAAAACUAUCCCGACGGGAGACGACAGUGGGUCUGGCUAGUGCUCUGCGAUGACGGUUUGUUCGGGAUGCCCCUGCUCAUAUCCCCUAUACUGAUUUUCCAGGUACUGUUCUCAGUUUACAUGAAGCACCGGGAAAAGACGUUGGCGAAAAAGAGCUGGCAAUAAUACGGAGAAACCUUGUCACAGUCUUCCGGUCGCUGUCCAGGUCCAGGGCUGCUAUGGGAAAAGUAGCGAGCUCUGUGCAAACGGGGGGAAUGGAUGAAUUGCCUUUCAGGAGAAAUUUCGCUGAGGGCGGUGGAAGUGAAAAUGCAGGUAUUCGCCAUUUACCGGAGGUUCUAUGGGGAGUGACUGACCAUGGUGAUUAGGUUGAAAGCGGUCCGAGCCUCCUUUUCUAUUAUUUAUUUGACGAUUGGUACUCCUCCUUGGAGCUUGUGGUUGGUCGUGGGUAUCCGUACAGCGCUCGUAUGCGUGCAUUGGUAUAUCAUUCCCCACCUCUCAUCUUUUCGUCCGUUAACAAGCCGCAGCGUCGUGAAAUGCAAAGCAACCCCGAACUCUCACAAAUCUCGCGUCUCCAUCGCCUCGCCCGACAGCUGGCAACGCUAAAGCGAAUGUACGAGACCAAAAAGAUUAUAAUCGACAAUGUCUUGUACCGCCAAGAAAAUUCUCACAAGAAGAACGCCCUGCGAUCGGUCGUCCCGCCUGCUCCUCCCACCGGGUUCGCACAGAGCCCUGUCGCUCUAAUGGGAGAUCCGGACGUCCUCGGCGUCCCGCUCAACCCCCUCGCCAUCGCAAAAUUCGAACGCCUAAGGGAUAGAAUAAAGCUCUAUGCUCUCGGCGAGAUCAACGACUGUCUACAGGAGAAAUCAGAGCUGGUAGAUAUGACCUUCAAUCUCAUUGCCCUGCGGGAAUCGGAGUCGGUAGAGCGACUCACUCGCGUCGCUAUCCUUCUUACGAAAUUCGCGUUUGUGUUUAUCCCACUCACACUCAUCACUGGAUACUUUUCCAUGCAACUGAAGGAUGUGGAAGGCGUUUACAGUCAACGGGACUUUUGGGGCGCUAGUGGGGUUUUCGUGUUUAUUACUAUCCUGGUGCUGUAUACUAUCGGGAAGACCACGGACACUAUGGAGAGUGCGAGGAUGUGGAGAGGGUUUAAGGCGGUUUGGCUGGGGUGUUUUGGAAAGAAGAGUGUGAAAAUGACGAGAAGGAGGAGUGGGCAGUGGUGAUUUGGUUCCACGUGGUUGGUUGGUGGGAGGGUGUACCGUACUAGACUAGUGUUUGGGUGGGGGAUGGUGUUGGUGGGGUUGGGAUAACGAAGAGCUCUAGGGCUGCUUGGGCAUGACAUGGUGUGCUAUUUAGCGAUUCUGCUUUGGACGAUGAGCCGCUGGCGUUAUUCUGCUUAUUAGAGAGUUCUUUAGUUCGGGGUGCGCCUUUUGGAUAUUUGUGGAGGGCUAGUCUUUAUUUUGUAAUAUCGGUUAUUCAGUUGGGGACCAUAUGUGUCAUGAUAAAUGUAUACUGUAUAAUACAAGGCAUACAUCGUAG